UAUUCAGGUUUUCAUGCAUUUAUUCACCAUUAUUCUAGAGGUGAAUUCUCAGGCAGCCUAUUUUUAUUGAGGGGACUUCGGGGAGUGCUAAGAAUGGUAUUUGGCACCCUGUCUCUGUCUUACUGGUCUAAAUCAUUCGACCUGAGAGCGCGUGAGCGCAACUACACAGCCUACGCUACUGUUGCGUCCAGCUUUCCUCCCCAUUCACCUAUACUCAGAUGUAAACGUUCAUUCUAGUGAUGGCGCCGAUGCUGUAACAAAGUGGCAUUUUAACAAAUCGAUUAUUUCUAGCAGGAAAAGUCCUUACAAUUUAUUUCUAGUAGUUUUUUGGCUGCCAACGUCAGGAUGGGAUCCCACGCAAAAUCAGCGAAUAAGAAGGCCAAGGAAUCUAUCAACUGCCUCAAAUCAAACUUUUCAUAUUGUUUAGUCGGGCUGUUAAUUGUCUUUUGUAUCAUGCUGUCGGUGUGUUCUAUGGCGUUUUGUUUUUUGGUCAACUUCAAGACAUCUUACCUGGAGUACAGAGUGCAUACAUUGGAGAUGGAGAGAAUGUUCCUGAUCCAUCCCGAUGCAUCCGCGCAGGAUGAGAAUGGAACAGUACCUGGUCUCCAGGAUAUCAUUGAAAAAAUUGUGCAAGAGAGACUGACCAUAGCACUGCCCAAACUUCGCACUGCCAGGGAGGUCAUUCAAGAGUGCUCCUGUCCUCCAGGGCCUCCAGGAAAACGGGGAAGGCUGGGAAGACAAGGCGACCCUGGAUCUCCAGGCUCGCCUGGACGGGAUGGUUACCCGGGCCCACUUGGGAUGGAUGGGAAGCCUGGUGCUCCUGGUCCCAUGGGAAGCCAGGGACUGCCUGGGCCAAAAGGAGACAAGGGUGAUCAGGGUCAGGCUGGCCCUCCCGGCCCCCCGGGGCCCCCUGGCUCACCAGGCCUCAGAGGACCAUCUGGGAACACAGGGAAGGAUGGGCCCAGAGGUCACCUUGGGGAGCAGGGUCCACCUGGUCGAGAUGGAACUGAUGGAUUAGAGGGACAAAUGGGUCCUCCUGGACGACAGGGUGAGGAUGGACAGCAUGGCAUGCUUGGACCACAGGGGCCUCCAGGGCUAAAGGGGGAACCGGGGCAUGCUGGUGACCAGGGCAGGAGUGGCCUUGAUGGACUACCAGGGAUGAAGGGGGAGAAGGGGGACACAGGAGACACAGGGCCUCAGGGGGACACGGGCUUACCCGGAGAGAAGGCUGUUCUUGACUCCUAUGACAUCGGCCUUGGCCAUGUCUUUCAGGGCCCCCCAGGGCCACCAGGGCCACCAGGAGGACAAGGGCCAAAGGGAGAAUCAGGCUCACAUGGUGCACCUGGAGCUGAUGGGGAUAGGGGAGCCAAAGGGGAGAGAGGUGAUGACGGGAUGCCUGGAGUGGCAGGGGAAAAGGGAGAGAGAGGUCUGACGGGCCUAACUGGGCUUGUGGGAGCUGACAGCAAAAAAGGAGCGAGAGGAGAUUCAAGGUUUGAGGACAAUCUGGCCCAGAUCAUCUCUAUCGCAGGCCCUCCAGGGCCCCCCGGACCUCCUGGGCUCCAAGGAUUCAUGGGACAUCAUGGAAUGCCUGGCCCCAAGGGGGAACCAGGCGACAUAGUGAGCGGAGAAAAGGGGGAUGCAGGUGACAGAGGACCUCCUGGGUUAAGGGGUAUUCAGGGUCUUCCAGGUUCUAGAGGAUUGGUUGGUCUCCCUGGCACCAUAGGGAGAAAGGGAGAGCAAGGAUUGCCGGGAUUGGAUGGUUUCCCCGGGCUGAUGGGAGAAAAGGGGGACAGAGGGGACCGAGGAGAUAAGGGUGACAGGGGGAUGCUGGGAAAGAAGGGACUGAAGGGACAGAAGGGCGAGGAGGGCCCCCCUGGACUGGACCAGCCCUGUCCUGUGGGUCGGGAUGGAUUGCCCAUACCAGGGUGUUCGCAUAAGUGAUGAGUUACCUGGUACAUGGGAUCUGUACAUAUCGAUAUAUAUUUUUCAACUAAAAUUCAAGUGUAGUUUUUUUGUCGUUGCCAAUUCCUAUUUAAUAUGUUGAGGUUUUCAUAUUGGAAUUUGGAUUGUGCGUCUAUCACAAUCAAUAUUUUUUACUUUUUGCAUAUGAAAAGAAAGCAUGUUUUUUUUGAAGGUUUAGAGAUUGGGUAGAGGAAAGAUCUAGUGCACACAAAGAAGGAGACUGGUUACAAAUGGAAAGGAGCAGCAAAUGCACUCAGCUCCAGAUGGAAAAAUGUUGCUGCUUACAGUAUAUCUAAUCGGGGAACCUGAAAAUACAGUAUUAACCUGAAAUACAGUAUGAUUGACUGUCUAACAGACUCACUAGUGUUCCCACAUGGAGAUCCAGCAUUGGAGUGUGCAACUCAGCCUGCACCUUGCAAAUUAUUCUACCCCAUCACUCCUGUGAUUGUUGUUUGCUUUGAAAGGACCAACCGUCACGGCAUGGACCCAAUGCCAUGUGCCUAUCCCAACCUUAGGAAAGGUACAGAUGUAGGGUCUUAAUUUGAUCCAGUUUGCUACAGCAGGAAAAUAAUCCUGCAGCAACAGGACAUGUGAAUUAUUAUGUGGAUUAUAAUUACUUGACAUUUUUUUGUAGGGGUUGAUAAACAUUUUGUUAUGGCAAAUCAAGUUUGACAUUUUUAAGUGGAAAUUUAGUGGAAAAUUUUAAACCUCAAAUACAUUACAAGUUUGCGUGUCCUGCCGUGCAGGAAAAUGUUCAGCCACAAAAGAGUGAUCAAAUUAAGAUCCUUCAUCUGUAUGGGGAAGCACAGAUGAUGGCCCUCACCAUGGAGUCUUUGUUUGCAAUAAUGUUCCUAAAUGUGCUUAAUGUUUAGAUCAUUAUCGGUCUAAAACGUUUUAAAAUGUUUAUGAUGGGUUCAAAUUUUUUACCUAUUGUUGCAUCAAAUGCUUUUUUUCAUUCCUCUGAGUGCUCUAACCAUGCUAUGUGGAAUUAAUUGACACAGAACACUGUACAACUUUUUGAAUUAGGCCUAACAUGGAAAAUUGUAUAACAAUCCUAAAAUGUUUUGAAGACUUUUUACAUCUGACAUCAAGGUAAACAAAAACAUCUACCUAUCAAACCUACCUGUUUGGCUGAUUGGGUUAAAUGUUUGUUCUAGGAACAUACCGUUUUUAAUUAAGUUGUCUGUCAUAUUAAAUACUAUUUCAAAUGCAAAUUGUUGUAUUCUUAAUUAUGAAGUUCAAGUUGCAUUGUACUUUAUAAUGUUGGUGGCCUACUUUUUUCAUUUUUCUUCAUUUUGCAAAUGCUGCCGGUUGGUGUCGGUUCUGUCCAUUGAGGUAUAAAACAACUGGAGACUGCUGCCAAGAUGGACGCCUGUUGUUUUCAACGUAAUCUACGUAAUCAUGUUUGCAUACGCCGUUUUGUGGUCACUGCCAUCUGCUUUACAGAGCCGAUAACGCCUGCGCACUAGCAAUCAGUGCGCACUGGAGCAAGCGCAAGCAGCGACAAUGUCAUCACGUCAGCCAGAUGAUUGGCAGGCAAUGGAUGAAUAUUAAAUGUUCAUAUUUCUGGCUGUGAGGGAUGAAGAAAAAAACGGCCUCGAAGACAAUUACUGGAAAAAUCAUUGGAGGUUGCUGAGGGGAGGACGACUCAUAAUAAUGGCCGGAACAGAGCAAAUACCAUUCCACUCAUUCCGCUCCAGCCAUUGCCACGAGCCCAUCCUCCCCAGUUAUGGUGCCGCCAACCUCAUGUGAAUUCAAUGGAUAUGUUAGCCACAAAGUUGAUAACAAAAGUGUCAUUUUAUGAAUAGGGUCGUCAACAAUCUACAAUGUUUUGUCCUAUCUGUUAUUUGUGUAACUUUGUCCAAAGGCUGGAAUGUCUGAUGAAUUUAUGAUUUGUGCCUUAGUAGGUCUAUUGCCUAGCCUGCUUUGUGUAGCAUUCAACUGAAAUGUGUCUUCCGCAUUUAACCCAACCCCUCGAUUAAGGCAACGGGGGGCUGCCUUCAUUGACAUCCAUGUCAUGGGCGCCCGGGGAACAGUGUAUGUUGUUUUGUUUUAUGAGGACCACAAUGGAAAUACGUUUUAACUUUUUAUUUAAAUGCAUUAAUCCACAUGCAUGGUUGUAUUGUGUUUUUAAAUGGUCAAAUAACAAAACAAUUAAAAGUUAAUUGAUGUUA